GAAUUAGGGUUUCCGCUUUCCACACACACAGCUGCAACACUAUCUUCUCAGAAAUGGUAACCGAAGCUUUCGAAUUCGUCGCCGUUCCUUUCAAUUCCGAUGGCUGGGGACCUCCAGACGCUUCCGACGUUUCCUCCUCCGCCUCUCCCACCAGCGUCGCCGCCGCUAAUCUUCUCCCGAACGUUCCUUUCGCUUCCUUCUCCCGUUCCGAUAAGCUCGGCCGUGUAGCUGAUUGGACUCGCAAUCUCUCUAAUCCAUCCGCUCGUCCUAACACCGGAUCCAAAUCAGAUCCGUCUGCAGUUUUCGAUUUCUCCGCUUUCGCAAUCGACGAAGGCUUCGGUCUCGCUUCCUCCGGUGGUAAUCCCGACGAAGACGCAGCUUUCCGUCUCGUCGACGGUAAACCUCCGCCGCGUCCUAAAUUCGGACCUAAAUGGCGUUUCAAUCCUCACCACAAUCGGAAUCAGCUUCCUCAACGGCGAGAUGAAGAAGUUGAAGCUAAGAAGCGUGAUGCUGAGAAGGAACGAGCUCGUCGUGAUCGUCUCUACAAUAACAACCGUAACAACAUCCAUCACCAACGCCGUGAAGCUGCCGCUUUCAAAUCAUCCGUUGAUAUUCAGCCGGAGUGGAACAUGCUUGAGCAGAUCCCUUUCUCAACAUUCUCGAAGCUCUCGUACACAGUUCAAGAACCAGAAGAUCUUCUUCUCUGUGGUGGCCUUGAGUACUACAACCGCCUUUUCGAUCGCAUAACGCCGAAAAACGAACGCAGACUCGAGCGUUUCAAGAACAGGAACUUCUUCAAAGUCACUACUAGUGAUGAUCCUGUGAUUAGGCGUUUAGCUAAGGAAGACAAAGCUACUGUUUUCGCUACUGAUGCUAUAUUAGCUGCUCUUAUGUGUGCUCCUAGAUCUGUUUACUCUUGGGAUAUUGUUAUUCAACGUGUUGGUAACAAACUGUUCUUUGACAAGAGAGAUGGAUCACAGCUUGAUUUGUUGUCUGUGCAUGAGACAUCUCAAGAGCCAUUGCCUGAGUCUAAAGAUGAUAUCAAUUCUGCUCAUUCUCUAGGUGUGGAAGCUGCUUACAUCAAUCAGAACUUUUCGCAGCAGGUUUUGGUUAGAGAUGGAAAGAAGGAAACUUUUGAUGAAGCCAAUCCAUUUGCUAAUGAAGGUGAAGAGAUUGCUUCUGUUGCUUAUAGGUAUAGAAGGUGGAAGCUUGAUGAUAAUAUGCAUCUUGUUGCGAGGUGUGAGUUACAGAGUGUUGCUGAUCUCAACAACCAAAGGUCGUUUCUUACUUUGAAUGCUCUUAACGAGUUUGAUCCUAAGUACUCUGGUGUUGAUUGGAGACAGAAGCUUGAAACUCAGAGAGGUGCGGUUUUAGCUACAGAAUUGAAGAACAAUGGAAAUAAGUUGGCUAAAUGGACUGCACAAGCUUUAUUGGCUAAUGCUGAUAUGAUGAAGAUUGGUUUUGUCUCUAGGGUUCAUCCUCGUGAUCAUUUCAACCAUGUUAUAUUAUCUGUUUUGGGGUAUAAGCCGAAGGAUUUCGCUGGACAGAUUAAUCUCAACACUUCUAACAUGUGGGGGAUUGUGAAAUCCAUAGUUGAUCUGUGUAUGAAACUAAGCGAAGGGAAGUAUGUUCUUGUGAAGGAUCCAUCGAAGCCUCAAGUGAGGAUUUAUGAGGUUCCACCUGAUGCUUUCGAGAAUGAUUACGUUGAGGAACCGUUGCCUGAAGAUGAACAGGUUCAGCCAACUGAGGAAAACACAGAGGGAGCAGAAGCAAGUGUAGCUGCAACUAAAGAAACCGAGGAGAAGAAAGCUGAUGAUGCUCAAGCUUGAUGGUUAUAAAGUCAGGUAGUUCAUACAAACAACUCUCAAAUUCAAAAGGCGGUUACCAUAAUAUGCUUGUUGGAUUUGAUUGAACACUUGUUUAGGAUCGUGAAUUUAUACUUAGAACCCAAGAAAAUGCAGAAAGUUGGUUCUUACUUCUUAGCCAUAGAAUCUUGUUCUUAUUCAUCUGAAUUUCAUUCUUAUAGUUUAGAAACUGGUGACUUAGAUUAAUUGAUGAUCUUUAUUAUAAGUAUAAACGUCGUAUGAAGCAUCGUCAUUCACAAUUUGGAUACUAUAUUCUUCAGGUCCAAAGUCUACACCUUUCGUUUCUGGGUUCUUUUGAGAGUUGAAGCUUCAAUCAAACAACAACAAUGGAGGUUCCUUUUUUAAUUAUCUUGUCCUUUUUCAAAUUUUUGUGGUACUGCUGUAAUUUUAAGUCAGAAAUGAGAUUGUAGAACACUAUCUUCGUGACAUCUUUUGGAAAAUCAUUACGGAUUGUUUACAGAACAGAAAUCUUUUUACUAUGACUCUUAUAGCCACCAAAUUUUCUUGAAUC